CUCGAAGAUCCUUCCUCUUUCCCCCGGGCACAGGCAUCCUCAUCGAGAGCCUCGCAUAGAUCUGGCGAGACCUGUCGAGAUCUGCACACCACCGCACUGACCCCGUCUGGCCGGUCCUUUCUGCACUCGACGCUGAGCUUCCUGUCUGUCUGAGCUUCCUGUCUGACUGUCUACCUGUGACGAAGUCACCCACCCACCGCAGCACCCACACUCGGUGGCUCUUUUUCACACCAUGAGGGCGACAGCCGUUUCCCUGCUCCUCAUCUGCCUCUCAGCCGCUCUGGCACUGUCCGCCGCCUUCAGCCUGCGCCCGGCAGCUCGUGUCCUGGAUGGCCCAGCCCCCCUCUUCCCCUCCCCCCUUGUGCGGCUUCGGCGGGUGAGCAGCCCUCUGCUGUCAACAGCGCCACUAGCAGGCAUCCGUAGGCGACUUGGUGGCGCCGCGGGACGAUCUCGACUGAGCGCCAAACCUGAUUGGUGAGCACAUAGCGGGAUGGAUUGAGAGCAGCGGGGAGACAUGCCAUGGGCUGUCGGGUGCAUGUGUGUAUGUGUGUCUCUGUGUGUGUCUCUGUGUGUGUGUCUGUGUGUGCAGGUGGCCUGAUGCGAUUCCGUUCCCUGAGGGAGGCGAGGAUGGCGAAGGGUGGUCCAUACCCAUCCCAUCACUGCCACAGGUGGGCAAACGCACAACCACACAACCACCGCGACACAGACACUAAACACCUGACCUGACUGACUGACCCACCCGAUAUGGUCUGUCUCUCUGCAUGUGCCUGUGUGUGUGCAGCCGCAGGCUGUGCCGAUCCCCAUUGCCAUCCCCGUGCCGGCCCAGCAGCCGCGAGACUGGCGGGACGACGACAAAUGGGGCGCGCCGUACCCGCCCUACUCACCGUACUAGACCGCAUGGCUGCCUCCUACUCAGCACAGAGAAUUCGCGACGGCAUGACUAGACGCUGCUGCUGUAUAUUCCAUCCGUCUGUCUGUCUAGAGAAAGAGUGUCUCGGUAUGUAUUUGCUAGUGAAGAGAGGAGGGAGGGGGGGAGGGAGGGGGGUGGGGAAGGUUUUGACCGGGUGGGUCUGGCUGGAGUGGUGGGGAUUGGUUACCGUUUUGGGGCUGGGUUGGCGGGAGGGGGGGUGGGUGGGUCAUCAUCAUCAGAGAGGGAGGGUUUCAUCGCCGGGGUGCUGCGUAGGAGAGGCAACAACACGUGUUUCGUUUGAGAGAGAGAGGUGAGGCCCAUGCGGGUUUCUCGUGCCGUGGGUGCGCCCGAGUGCUAUGGGGGUGUGCCGAGCGUGUCGUCAGAGAUUCCGUCGGAAAAUUCCCACUUUCCAAAGGAUUCUGUGAUGGAUGACACACUCGGCACAGCCCCAUAGCACCACGGUCAGCACGGCACGAUGGACAGUUCCGCCCUGUCAGGUCCAGUUUUGACGUUUAGAGACCGCAAGACAGUCAGACAGACACACACACACGCGCGAGCUCAAGGCCGGGAGGGAGAGAGGCGCAGAUGGCACCACCCACCCCAAUUUGCUUUUUAUUGCACCCCUGACUGACUGACUGGCCGGAAUUAAUGUACGGACACCUUCUCUCUCUAGCCCCCCUCUAGCCUCUGUCUGCCGUCCACGCAUGGCGUCCCCGCCACUCACUGCGUUUUACAUUUUCGUGGUCAUGGCUUGACGGAUUGCCUGUGCGUGUGUGUGUGUGCGUGUGUAUGUCCGUGUGCACACGACGGGCGGCUGAGGUCUCCCCGGCCGUGUAUAAAUUCCCCCCUGUGCAGAGAAGGUCGGGGAGGCAGGCCGCUUGUCGCUUCGUGCUCGGUUUGCGUGUGUGUGUGUGUGGGUGUGUAUGCGCGUGUGUGUGAUGCUCUGCCAGACAACUAGGCACCGGGGGCAGCGCAGCAAAAGUGUGAUGGCGCUGCCCCGGUGUCUGCGUGUUGUGUGUUGCGGGUGCGAGAUGCGUAACACCCAUGUGUAUCUCUCUCUUUCUCUCUUUGUGCGUGUGUGUGUGUGUGUGUAUGUGAGGGCUCUCGUGCUGUACAGUGCCCUGCGCGAGAGAGGGAUGACAGGAAAGAAGGAAUUGACAUAGUCUGGUGCUGGUUGGUUGGUUGGUUUUGACUCUCCUGCUGCUGUCGUGUUGCGUGUUGCACGUCGAGAGAGCGAGUGGCGCACUCAGAUGACAUGGAUGGAGUGGAUGGAAGGGCAUGUGUGUGUUGUGUAUUGGUGGAUCGGCCGAUCGGUCUCUUUUUGGCUGCCUUCGCUGUGCCUAUGGCCAUGUCCAUGUCGGCCCUCGGUGUGUUGGUCUGGGAGGCUGCUGCACAUCACAUCACAUCACGCCACGGCACGCCCUACUCCACCACUGGCUGGUUGGAUGGCUUUCCGCCGCCAUCCAUGUAUCAUAGCUAGACAGAAGGAGAGAUGAGGGAGGGAGGGAGGGAAGAAAAGUCCACACACCGCCGCCUCGCUCAUGGACAACCUGAUCCAGUUGUCUUGAUUUGGCGUAGGGGAAGAGACCUGCUGGCUGUGGGACAUGUCAGUCGGUAGGUGACUUCCCUUUGGCCACAGAAAAGACAACAGAUCGGGUAUGUGGAGUGAGCGGGCCCAGACAGAAGAGGAGACGGCACAGACCCUCGCCGACUUGGCAGUUGCUUGCUUUUGUCAAGGCACUGGUACCGUGGUGGCCCACCGCCACACACCUGUAUAUAGCUACCUUCCUACCUACCUUUACACGACUACUAUCUGUGAGUGAGUGAGGGAAAGAGGGGCACUGACUGACCGACAGACAUGGCCAGCAGGGGACGGCAGCCACUGACUGAUUCAGACAGCCGGAUACGACACACAUAGUGGGGAGUGGUCCUCACUUGACUGAUACACAGGCACACGCCUGCCUGCCAUGCUGCAUGCUACUGCCUGAGCGAACUCCCACUCCCGGCGGCUUUUGGUUGUGAGAGAGACACACACAGAAGGCGGCGAGGCAGAGAGAGAGAGAGAGAGAGAGAUGGGAGGUGGGGGUGAGAGGCAGGACAGAUUUCAAGGAGCGGCGUUUUCUCGUCUCCCCGUGUCACGUCGGUCGACUGAGUGGGUAACAGCACUGGCUUGGCUGUCUGUUGUGUUGUGCAAGUGUUGGUCGGUCCUGCUGAUUUGAUGUGUGUACCACCGCUUCUCUCGAGAGGAUUCUCUGUUCCCCGCCAUCUCGUCGCCUGUCGCACUGAGGUGCCUUCUGGUGCACCAGGAGGCAUUCAAGUGCAGCAGGAGACGGAACGGUCGGCCAGGAAGACUCCGCAAGUGGGUGUUUGUACCCCUGUCUCUCUCUCUCUCUUUCUCUCUCUCCUUUUUAUCCACUCCCGUGUCGGUCGUCGGUGUGUACCUAUAUCGCUGGUCGAUGUCUCUCUUGCUGCUGCUGCUGCUGCUGUGUCGUGUCUGCAUGCGCCAUCGCACUGCCUGCUGCCUGGACCUCUCGCGUCGUAUGUGAUGUGUGAGUGAUGUGGUGCCUGUCGUCGAGUCCCUGGCCAUCCAGACGGAUGUGCCUCGUCAGACAGGGGAGAGAGAGGGCACACACAGUCGCUGUAUAUCUGUGUAUGUAUGUGUGUAGUUACGUUCGUUUGAUUGCGAUGAGUGAGGCCGGCCGGUUCUGGUGGGCGUGCGUUGUGUCGGUGAGUGGGGAAGAGUGCGUGUGUGUGUGUAUGUUUUGAAACGGGUGGUCCUUUCGUGUGUGUACAAACGCGGUGAGUGGACUAUGUUGGACGUCUCGUCUCGUGUGCGAUGGCGUGGAGAGAGUUUGGUUGUGUGUAGGUAUGAAGUACUGGAGCCUGUCUCUCUGCCGACUGAAGCUCGUUCCCAUC